AGUAGAUGUUAUAAUGGGCAUUCAUAUAUUAUUGUCUGUAAGUUGUGGUAUAUUAGCAUUUAUUGCGUUGUUCGCUAAUCUAAUAUUAGGUGAUAGCGAAAGAAUAAUUAUGAAAUGCGGUACUGACGGAAAUUUAUGUAAUCCUCUCGAUUUAAAACCAUGCUGUAAUCGGAAUAUGCAAUGCAAAGGAAAUUCAAAAGUUGGUUAUUUCGUAUGCACUGAAAAAGAAAUUCAACAAGAACCGAUAUCAGACCUAUUGGGUAUGUCAUGUAAUAAUGACGACGAUUGUAAUAAGAUAAUCCACGCCAAAUGUUCUAAAGAUAACAAAUGUGCUUGCCGGGAAAACAAUAUUCAGCUAAAUAAAACCACAUGCGCACCGCAGUUAGGAAAUUUUUGUUGGAAAAACGAAAAGUGUGCAACAGAUAAUUCCGUUUGCAUUAAUAAUGAAUGUCGAUGCCAAAAUAAUUACUUUUCGGUAUCUAAUCUUUUUUGCUUACGAAAAAUAUUGGGAUCACCAUGUAAUGAUGAUCUAGAGUGUGAGCGAAUUAAAUAUUCAAAAUGUAAUAAAAAUAAAUUUUGUGAGUGUACAUCCAAUACAGUUGCAUCGACUCUGACAUUAUGUUCACCAAUUAUUGAUGGUUUUUGUUCAACAAAUAAUAUGUGUGUCCCAGAUUACUCUAUUUGUGUUGAAAAUAAAUGUAAAUGCAGACUUGGUUUAAAACCAUCAUUAUCUAAAACUAAUUGUGAACCAAUAGUUUUUUUGGGUAUGAUUUGCAAAGACGAUACAGAUUGCCUUAGUUCGACCAAUCAUUCAAAGUGUUCUAAAGCAAAAUUCUGUGAAUGUAAAUCAAAAUAUCAACCACUAAGCAGAAACACAUGUGCGCCCUUAUUAAACAUGUCUUGCACUCACAAUGAACUUUGUGCCACAGAUCAUUCAAUAUGUAUUGAUAAUACAUGUCAAUGCAAGCAACACUAUGUAUAUCGAGGCUUGAAAUGUGUACCAACUAUUCUAGGAGGAAUGUGUAAAACAAAUACAGAUUGCAAUGAAAUAGCUUUUUCAGUAUGUGCGGAUAAUCAACGAUGUGUUUGUAGUGAUAAAUAUGUCCAAACAACUAAAACAACUUGUUCACCUAUUCUAAACGGAACUUGUUUUACUGACAUACAAUGUACUGUUGAUAAUUCUAUUUGUAUAAAUAAUAAAUGCAGUUGCAAACCUAAAUUUGAAUCUAUCUCUGACAAACAAUGUAAUCCUGUGGAGUUAGGAUUACCGUGUUACGAUAAUUUUGAUUGUUCUCAGAUAUACAAUUCUGAAUGUUCUGACGACAAUAAAUGCGUCUGUAGAUUUAAUUAUGUUGAAAUAAAUAAAAAAAUAUGUGCGGUAUUGAUAGAUGAGUACUGUUCAAAAAACAUACCAUGUGCGGUCAAUAAUUCAAACUGUAUUAACAAUAAAUGUCAAUGCAGAAACAACUUCCUACAAGAGUCUAAUAAUCAAUGUUUACCAAGUGCUAUCAAUAAAAACUGCCAUGAAGAUCUAGAUUGUAAAAUUACUCGAAAUGCGGUGUGUUCUAAAGACAAAGUAUGUGAGUGUAGAUCAAACUAUGUUCAAGUUAGUUACUCAAGAUGUGCACCAUUGUUGGAUGAAUUUUGUGAGGAAAAUGAUAAAUGUGCUGUAACUAACUCUAUUUGUGUUAGUCAUCAAUGCACAUGUGAUACUAAUUAUUUACAGCAAUCUAAUAAUCAAUGUCAACCAACUGCCUUAGGACAAUCUUGUACAAAUAAUGAGGAUUGUCGUGGUAUUAAGUAUUCGAUAUGCUCGAAAACCAAUAACUGUAUUUGUCAGUAUGAUCACAUUGAGAAAAAUAAAUUUACGUGCGCACCACUCAUAGGGGGAUACUGUAAUGAAAAUAAUGACUGUUUUUCUAAUAAUACAAUUUGUUUUUUACAUAAAUGUAUCUGCGCUUAUAACUAUAUAGCUGUAUCUAUAUUUGAAUGCUCACCCAUAUUUCUAGAAAAAAGUUGUUAUAGCGAUAACGAUUGUAAUGAAGUAUACUCCUUUUGCUCAUUAGGUGUAUGUGUGUGUGAAUUAAAUUACGUUGCAUUAUCUGGAUCAAUUUGUUCACCACUUUUAUUUGAAACGUGUUCCUUAAAUGAUACAUGUGCUAUUGAAAAUGCGUUUUGCGCGAAAAGGAAAUGUGAAUGCAAACGAGAAUAUGGAUCACAUUUAAACUAUCAAUGUGUACCAAGCCAUUUAGGAGGAAAAUGUACUGAAGAUAUAGAUUGUGAUCUUAUAAAAAAUUCAGAAUGUUCAAGUGAUGAAAAAUGUAUUUGUAAAGAGAAUUACAUUCAAGUCAAUAAAACAGUGUGCGCAUCACCUAACGGCUAUUCUUGUUCAACUGAUGAAGAAUGUGGGGUACCGAAUUCAGUUUGUAUGAAUAAUGAAUGUCAAUGCAAGUCUGGUUAUAUUACUGUAUCUAAUGUUACAUGUAGACCAGUACAAGCAAAAAAAUUUUGUAUUUCGGACGAUGAUUGCAAAAAUAUAACUCAUUCACUGUGUUCACAAAAUCGGCGGUGUGUUUGUGAAGAAAAUUACGUUGAAAUUAAUAAUACCAAAUGUGCAUCACUUUUAUUUAAUGAUUGUUUAGAAAAUGAAGAUUGUAUUACUGAUAAUUCUAUUUGUUCAAAGAAUAAAUGUCAAUGCGGCCCUCAUUAUACACCUGGGCGUGGGAAUAAAUGUCUGCCAAUAUCGUUGGGAAUGCGAUGUAAUGAUGAUUCAGACUGUGAGACAAUAAAUAAUUCAGUUUGUUCUGACCAAAAAAUAUGCAUAUGUGAUAAAAAUAAUUAUGCUGCAACCAACUCAACAUGCUUACCAAUGAUUGGAAAGGUUUGUAAAUACGACGUUAACUGUUUGUCAGAAGUUAUGCACUGCAUUGAUAAUAAAUGUCAAUGUAAAUCUCCUUUCAUAGCCGUUUCCAGUAGACAGUGUGUCACAAAAUCUUCAACAUUCUCUUGUAAGGCAAAUUUGGAUUGUGGUGAGCCAUGGCACUCUGAAUGUUCGAAAGAUCAGACAUGUCUAUGUAAAAUAAAUAAUAUUGCAAUAAAUAAAUCAACCUGUCGACCAAUAAUUGGUGGAUAUUGUUGGAAGAAUCAGCAAUGUCAGCCUGAAAAUUCUGUUUGUAAUAAUUUUCAAUGUAAAUGCAAGUUCAACUUCAUACCGGUUGCCGAUAAUCUAUGUGUGCCAUUGUAAGCCGUUACUAGAGAUAAUAUGUUAAAACAAGCAAGUGGAUUAAUUUGGACAAUCAACACAUAAAAUUUUUGAAUAAUAAAUUAAACUACACGGGUACAGUUCUUUUACAUUUAAUUGCAUUUACAUUUCUUACA